AUGAUAUUAACCGUCUUCUUGAGCAACAAUGAACAGAUUUUGACAGAAGUUCCUAUAACACCAGAAACAACAUGUCGAGAUGUCGUGGAAUUUUGCAAGGAACCUGGAGAAGGCAGUUGCCAUCUGGCUGAAGUGUGGCGGGGGAAUGAGCGCCCCAUCCCCUUCGAUCAUAUGAUGUAUGAACAUCUUCAGAAGUGGGGGCCACGGAGGGAGGAAGUGAAAUUUUUCCUUCGCCACGAGGACUCCCCAGCUGAGAGCAGUGAGCAAGGUGGCCGUCAGACCCAAGAGCAAAGAACUCAGAGAAAUGUAAUAAAUGCACCUGGAGAAAAACGUACUGAAAAUGGGGUUGGGAAUCCACGUGUCGAACUGACCCUGUCAGAGCUUCAAGAUAUGGCAGCCAGGCAGCAACAGCAAAUUGAAAACCAGCAGCAGAUGCUGGUUGCCAAGGAGCAGCGUUUACAUUUCCUAAAGCAGCAGGAGCGCCGUCAGCAGCAGUCGAUUUCUGAAAAUGAAAAGCUUCAGAAGUUGAAGGAACGAGUAGAAGCCCAGGAAAACAAGCUGAAAAAGAUCCGCGCCACAAGAGGACAGGUGGACUACAGCAAAAUUAUGAAUGGCAACCUGUCUGCUGAAAUAGAAAGGUUCAGUGCCAUGUUCCAGGAGAAGAAGCAGGAAGUACAGACUGCGAUUUUAAGAGUGGAUCAGCUCAGCCAGCAGCUGGAAGACUUGAAGAAAGGGAAACUGAACGGGUUCCAGCCUUACAGCGGCAAGCUGACCGGCCCCGCUGCGCUGGAGCUGAAGAGGCUGUACCAGGAGCUGCAGAUUCGUAACCAGCUUAACCAGGAACAGAAUUCAAAACUCCAGCAGCAGAAAGAACUCUUAAAUAAGCGCAACAUGGAGGUGGCCAUGAUGGACAAGCGCAUCAGCGAGCUGCGCGAGCGUCUGUACGGGAAGAAAGUCCAGCUGAGCCGUGUGAAUAGCGCGUCCUCGCCACAGUCACCGCUGAGCACGCCGGGCAGGGUUGCUGCCGUGGGCCCUUACAUCCAGGUUCCCAGCGCCGGCAACUACUCGGCCCCGGGGGACCCCAUAAAGCCCCAGUCUCUGACUAUUGCUUCAGGUGCCGCCCAUGGAAGACCCAAACCCGCCAAUGAUGGAAACUGGCCAACAUUAAAACAAAAUUCUAGCUCUUCCGUGAAACCAGUGCAACUUGCCAGUGUGGACUGGAAGGACUCGAGCAUGGAGGGGCCUCUCAAGCAGGGGACCGUCGCCAGCCAGCCCGUGCCCCCAUCAGCUCUGGGAACCACUGAGAAGCUGGGCAUCGAGAUGGGUAAAGUGCCACCCUCUAUGCCUGGUGUCGGCAAGCAGCUGCCUCCGAGCUAUGGGACGUACCCAAGUCCUGCGCCCAUGGGUCCAGGGUCGACAAACUCCCUGGAGAGGAGGAACGAGGGCAGCUCGCCCAGGCCUGGCGCAGGCCUUCCCAGUCGGCAGAAACCCAGCCCGCUGCCCCCCACAGGCGGCACCCACCAGCCGGGUUCUUCGCAGCAGAUUCAGCAGAGGAUUUCUGUGCCGCCAAGUCCCACGUACCCGCCAGCGGGGCCGCCUGCAUUUCCAGCGGGGGAUGGCAAACCGGAACUCCCACUGACUGUGGCCAUUAGGCCUUUUUUAGCUGAUAAAGGGUCCAGGCCCCAGUCCCCUAGGAAGGGACCCCAGACAGUAAAUUCAAGUUCCAUCUACUCCAUGUACCUGCAGCAAGCCACGCCGCCUAAGAAUUACCAGCCAGCGGCCCACAGCGCCUUAAAUAAGUCGGUUAAAGCAGUGUACGGGAAGCCCGUCCUACCUUCCGGUUCAACGUCCCCAUCACCGUUGCCGUUUCUUCAUGGGUCCUUGGCCACAAGCGCAUCGCAGCCCCCGCCGCCUCCAGAGGGCACGGAGAAGGAGCCAGAGCCGGACAGCGCAGCCCCGCCCGGGGAUGGCGGCUCGGGCACCGUGGAGAGCCUGCCGCGGCCGCUCAGCCCCACCAAGCUCACGCCCAUCGUGCACUCGCCGCUGCGCUACCAGAGCGAUGCUGACCUGGAGGCGCUGCGCAGGAAGCUGGCCCACGCGCCCCGGCCGCUGAAGAAGCGCGGCUCCAUCACGGAGGCCGAGGGCCCCGGCGGGCCCAACAUCCAGAAGCUGCUGUACCAGCGUUUCAACACCCUGGCCGGCGGCAUGGAGGGCACCGCAUUCUGCCAGCCCAGCCCCUCGCAGGGCUUCACCGGCACGCUGGCCGACGUAGACAAUGGGAACGCCAACGCCAAUGGGAACCUGGGGGAGGCCGGCCCCGCCCAGCCCACAACUCCGCUCGGGGAGCCUGCCCCGGCCUCAGACGCCAAUGACAACGAGCUCCCUCCACCUGAGGCAGAGGGGCUCGGCUGUCUCCAGACUGCCCGCCCAGCAGUCGAGCCCGCCGAGGACGACAACAACAACGUGGCCACAGCGCCUGCCACACAGCAUGUCCCCAGCCCGGGGGCCGAGGCCCCCUCCCCAGGAGGGGAGCGAGUCCCAUCAUCGCUGCCCCUUGUCGCGCCCCCGCCAGCCUCCUUGACGAGCAAACGGACCAACCUGAAGAAGCCGGACUCGGAGCGCACGGGCCGCGGGCUGCGGGUGCGCUUCAACCCCCUGGCGCUGCUCCUGGACGCGUCCCUGGAAGGCGAGUUCGACCUGGUGCAGAGGGUCAUCUACGAGGUGGAGGACCCCAGCAAGCCCAACGACGAGGGCAUCACCCCGCUGCACAACGCCGUCUGCGCCGGCCACCACCACAUCGUCAAGUUCCUGCUAGACUUCGGGGUCAACGUGAAUGCCGCAGACAGCGACGGCUGGACGCCGCUGCACUGCGCCGCCUCCUGCAACAGCGUCCACCUCUGCAAGCAGCUGGUCGAGAGCGGCGCCGCCAUUUUCGCCUCCACCAUCAGCGACAUCGAAACCGCCGCGGACAAGUGCGAGGAGAUGGAGGAGGGUUACAUCCAGUGCUCCCAGUUCCUAUACGGGGUGCAGGAGAAGUUGGGCGUGAUGAACAAGGGCGUGGUGUAUGCUCUGUGGGGCUACGAGGCCCAGAAUAGCGACGAGCUGACCUUCCACGAAGGAGACGCCAUCACCAUCCUGAGGCGCAAGGACGAGAGCGAGACCGAGUGGUGGUGGGCUCGCCUCGGGGACCGGGAGGGCUACGUGCCCAAGAACCUGCUAGGGCUGUACCCUCGGAUCAAACCCCGGCAGCGGACGCUCGCCUGAGUCCCCCCUCGGAGCGCUGCGCGGGCUGCGCCAGGGAGCCGCCGAGCUAACCCUGCGUCCGCCCGGAGCGACUGCCGCUGUCGAGGCGCUCCUGUCGCAGACGGCGCCCACCGUGACACCUGCGGCUCCUAGGCGAGGCCCUUUCUCGACUUUCGCCUCCAAGGAGACUGAAUUUUGCCAGUUACUGUAAAUCCAAAUAAACACCGAGCUUUCUAAGUGACCACCUGUGCUGCCAGUGGAGACGGACACUUUCCGACUUGGUCCCAAGGCCGCCCUCAUUCCCAGUGUCGCCCUCCCCCUGACACAGCAGUGGAAACUGGCAGCUGCUGUGGUGUGCUCCCCCAUAGAGCCCCGCCCCUUACUGGGCGUCAGGGACCGGCCACCCUUUGCCCUUCGGCACGCGUGUAUUUCCCUUUUGUUACCAAAGGAACCUGUAGGGACACGCCUGUCCACUGGCAGUCCUGAGGCGGGGGCCCCACUUCCUGGUCUGGGUGCUGGGCUGGGUGCUGGGCUGGGCUUCCUCGCCCCAGGCACAGGGUCCUUGAGACCGGGUGGCUCCCAGGCGGGAGCCUCUGCUCACAGCUGCUGCCUUCUCCGCAGCCUCCCGCUGCCCAGGUGUGGCUCUUGUCCGCUCACAGCGUGGACACUCUGCUGAGUGCGGGGACUGGGGGGGUCGCUGUGGGCCGGCAGGGCGGGGCCGCCACCACGUGCUCAUCCUUGCCCCCAGCUUCCAGCAACUGAGGCCCUUCGCUGCCGUUCACUUGUACGGACAGGCUUUUCUAUACCAAAAGUAUUUUUUGACGAGACCAUUCGAAACUCCCAGAAUGAUGUUGGAAAUGUUUUUUCUCUCAUUAAAAUCCAGGCCCUUCGGCUUUAUUUUCCA